CUCCUUUCCUAGUCGUUCCUUUCAAAACCGGCAGCGCAGUUUUGCUGUCGCUGUCGUAGUUCAUACAAAAGUUAUCAAUUUAUAACAAAAAUGUCGGAAUUCUUCUAUGGCGCACAGGUGGACGGCAGCGUCCAGGCGACGUUGCAGUCCUUUGCCAUGAUCAUUGCCUCUGAAAUUGGCGACAAGACUUUCCUAAUUGCUGCUAUCCUCGCCAUGCGACACCCUCGGAUGGUAGUCUUCGCUGGAGCUUUCGGUUCCCUGGUCGUCAUGUCGGUUCUUUCAGCCGCCAUGGGCCACCUACUUCCCACACUCAUCCCAAAACGCUGGACGCAAAUUGCGGCUUCCAUUCUAUUCCUCGUAUUCGGCGUGAAGAUGUUCCUGGAGGCUCGCGCUAUGAAGAGUGGGAAUGAGAAAAUUCAGGAAGAGAUGAAGGAGGCAGAGGAGGAGAUUGACGACGACGAGGCUGAGCGCGAAGGAAAGAGCAUCCCGCUAGAGGAGAUGGAGGAGGGAGGAAGGGAAGAACAGCCAAAGUCGCCUGUCAUCCGCAAAGUCACGUCGUGGAAGGAUGGUGCCCGCAAUUUCUGCAGUCUAAUGCUGGGACCUGUUUUCGUCCAAGCCUUUGUGCUCACCUUCCUCGGAGAGUGGGGCGAUCGAAGCCAAAUUGCGACCAUUGCGCUGGGCGCUGCUCAUAACGUCUAUCUCGUGACGCUGGGUACCGUCGUUGGGCAUGCCUUCUGCACAGCGUUGGCGGUCAUUGGAGGCCGCUAUGUAUCAACAAAGAUUUCCGUAAAGCACGUCACCCUCGGAGGCUCAGUCCUAUUUAUCAUCUUCGGCAUCGUCUACCUCUAUGAGGCCUACCGAAUGGGAGCUGACAUCGAAAUUCCCAUUCCACUAGAUACGGACCACGCGACCUAAUGAUGAUUUCCUCUCCUCGCUCUAUUUUUGUCUCAACUCCACACACGCACUUCGCUAUCGUUCAUCACCGUUUUUCGACUUCCUCUACUGUUGGACCGCAAAAUUUUGUGCAGUUAUACGGACUGGAUCAUUCCUCUUCUGCAUGCAUUCCAACCUUCGCUACUUCGCUCUUCUGCAUGCACCUUGAUCGACCUUUCGAUUCUUUCACCACCUCGAGGACCAGUGCCCUCCCCGCCUUUUCCCAUCCGACACCCACCCAUAGACUAUCCAUUACUGUGACGCCACUGCACGGUCUUUUACUCUUACCUGUUCGCAAUAGUGUAUCAACUAGACCUAAUGUAAUACGAAAGUUUUCGUUGUAUUUAUUUAGCUCUGUUUCGUCAUACUAUGUUGCCCUUUUUCAGGGUUCAUCAUGUCCC